CAAUCGCCUCUCUCUCUCUCUCUCUCUCUCUCUCUACAUUUUUAAGCUCUCCUCCAUUGACGCUCUCCCUUCCUCUUGAACUUCGCACUCUCCCCGUUUCGUCGAAACUGUGCGCGACGGGGCCAGGGCCUGUCGUUUUGUGCCUGUUUUGUCAAAAAUCCCAUACCAAACGAAUGAUGCUAUAGGCCCUGCUUGCGUACCCUUUUGGCCUUUUUAACCUCCCGAGCCUUCUUCGCGUUCACGGUGGUAGUGGUGGUGGAGUUUGAAAACUUUCAGUGUGGCAAGCCAACGGUUCGUUUUCCAAGUAAAACGCCAAGGUUGGUUUUUGCCUGAGGCAUUGAAACCCCGUGCUCCAUUCCCAUGGGAAUGAUGACAGCAUCUUCAUUUCCAAUCACUCACGAAGCUUCAAAUUAUGAUGAGGUCUCUAUGCAGCAGAGCUUGCUCUUCUCGAAUAGUCUCAAGGAUUUAAGAAGUCUAAGGACACAACUAUACUCAGCAGCUGAGUACUUUGAAAUGUCAUAUACCAAUGAUGACCAAAAACAAAUAGUGGUAGAAACAUUAAGAGAUUAUGCCAUAAAAGCUCUUGUGAAUACUGUGGAUCACUUAGGUUCUGUUACUUACAAGGUUAAUGAUCUCCUUGAUGAAAAGGUUGACGAGGUUUCUGGCACAGAGUUUCGUGUAUCUUGCAUUGAGCAGAGACUUCGAACAUGCCAAGAGUAUAUAGAUCAUGAGGGCCGCUCUGAGCAGUCUCUGGUUAUCGAUACCCCCAAGUUCCACAAGCGAUAUAUUUUGCCAGUUGGAGAGACAAUGCAUGGCUCUGAUGGUAGUAAAUUGAAGUAUGGUUGCAGCCUGGAUGAUGAGGAUGACUGGCAUCAGUUUAAACAUGCCAUCCGAGCCACCAUAAGAGAAACUCCUACUCAAUCUAUUCCCAGUAAAGGUCGCUCUCCAUUACCAUCUCCUCGAGCUCCUCAGCGAUCUGGAACGUUUUCCUUUACCUCCACUGCACCUAAAAAAGAAUUAGAUAAACGGACUGUAUCACCAAACCGAUUCCCACUCUUGCGCUCUGGAUCGCUCUCGAGCAGACAGGUGACUCCGAACUCAAGUCGGCCUACUACCCCCAACCCAAGUAGGCCAACCACUCCAAAUCUUUCUAUUGUAGGUCGUCAAUAUCCUUCAGAGGCGAGAAAAUCUUCUUCAAUGCGAUUGCAUGCUGAGAAGGAGAAUGGUAAGGACAUCGAUCAACACCCCAGCAAAAGUAAACGUCUACUCAAGGCUUUGCUUAGUCGCCGCAAGUCAAAGAAGGAUGACAUGCUAUAUACAUACUUGGAUGAAUAUUGAGGGAUAGAGGAUCAUGAAACAAAGAGAGGGCACAGAUGGGGAGGAAGGAGUAUCCAAUUGAUUUUUCUUCCUUUUUUUCCUUCUUUUUCUAAGCCAUGUCGUUGUCUGAUAAAUUUAUUAUUCCAGCAAUAGGUUUUUUGUUUUCACAAUCCCGGUAUGUAGCAAUCAGUUUCUCAUGUAUGCUCACAGACAGCCUCGUGUUAUGGUAUGUUGCCUGUAUAAUUUUACAUGACCACCCAGUGAGCGGUACCUGGUGUAAGCAUCACCGUUACAUCAAGUCUCUUUUCUUGCUCGGAUUUCUUGCAAUUUUGGGAAUUCAUUGA